CUAGCAGCCGGAGGUGUGGCUGGGGCAGUAUCUAAAACAUGCACAGCGCCACUAGCCAGGCUCACUAUCUUAUACCAGGCAAGACGGCUGCCCUUACACUCUGUGAAUGGCCUGGAUGCUGUAGUUGGGACGUCAGGGCGCAUAGGCCUGAUGCAAGCCUUCCGGCAAGUGAUCCAGCGAGAGGGAGUGAUGGCGCUUUGGAAGGGCAACGGAGUGACUAUUGUGCACCGGCUGCCCUACUCUGCAGUGAACUUCUGGGCGUACGAGCGCGCCACGCAGAUGUGGCUGCAGCACUAUCCUCAGCCUGCCGGCGCGCAGCAGGGGGCAGGCACGGCGGACAUGCUGAGGAGGUUGGCGUCUGGCGGAGCAGCAGGCAUCUGCGCCUGCACACUGGCAUAUCCGCUGGAUCUGGUGCGGACGCGGCUGUCGGCGCAGACAAAGACGCAGUACUACACGGGCAUAGUGCAUGCGAUGAGGACGAUUGUGAGGGACGAGGGUGCCAGGGGGCUGUACCGGGGCUUGGGGGCCACGCUGCUGCAAGUGACCCCCAGCCUGGCCAUCAACUACACAGCCUACGGCACCCUGCGCUCCCACUGGCUCCAGUCGCAUGGUAACAGCUCGCACACGGUUACCAUGAGCCUGCUGUGUGGCGGGGCGGCGGGGCUGAUAUCAUCGACGGCGACAUUUCCCCUGGACCUGAUCCGGCGGCGCAUGCAGCUGGAGGGGCAGGCCGGCACGCGCAGGUACAAGGGCUACGCUGACGUGGCCAGGUCUGUCAUGGCCAACGGCGGCCUGCGCGGCUUCUAUGCCGGCAUCCUUCCUGAGUACUUCAAGGUCGUUCCUGGCGUUGCCAUUGGCUACUGCACAUAUGAGUUCAUGCGAAAUUCUUUG